AUGGAGUCUUUCUUUGAUAUCCAAACGAUUUUAGGACUUCUUGCUUUCAUAGCAAUCUGUAGUGUCUUAAAAAUCACAUCAAAAACCAAGAGGGGUUACACCAAAUGCAUGGGAAUCCCUGAACCAUCCGGGGCAUUACCAUUUAUUGGCCACCUCCAUCUCCUAGGAGGCGAAAUGCCAAUUGUCCGAACUCUUGGGGCCAUGGCAGAUAAAUAUGGCUCAUUCUUCUCACUCAAAAUUGGUCUCCAUCGAAUGUUGGUGGUGAGUAGUUGGGAGAUGGUAAAGGAAUUCCUAGCUACCAAUGAUAGAACUUUUGCUACGAGGCCAAGCAGAGCAAUAGGAAAAUACAUGUUCUACAACAAUGCUAUUUUAGCACUUGCACCAUAUGGGGAGUAUUGGCGUGAUGUGAGAAAGAUGGCCACUCUUGAGCUUCUUUCAAACCAUCGGCUUGAAAAGCUAAAGCAUGUACGGUUCACAGAAGUGGAGUCUUUGAUUAAAGACUUGUACUUGCUUUCUACAGAAAACAAAGUGGUGACUAUUAGUGAGUUGUUUGAGCACAUGACCUUCAAUAUCAGCCUCAGGAUGAUUGUUGGUAAGCGAUUUUCCAUUGUUGGUGAAAGAAACAGUGAGGUUUCUCGUUUCCACAGCGCCAUUAAAGAUUCUCUAUAUCUUAGUGGCGUGUUUGUCUUGUCGGAUGCCAUUCCAUACCUUGAAUGGAUGGACUACAAAGGGUAUUUAGGUUCCAUGAAGAGGACUGCUAAGGAACUUGACUCGGUGCUUGAUAUCUGGCUUGACGAACAUCUCCAGAAACAAUUAGAGCAGAAGAGUAAUGGCGAAAGCGAUUUCAUGGACGUGAUGCUAUCAAGCCUUGAUGAGGAUGCUGUGAUUUCUGGGCAUACACGUGAUGUUAUCGUCAAGGCAACUGCACUGUUUCUCUUAAUUACAGGCUCCGAAAGCACAUCUAUUACACUAACAUGGGUACUGUCCCUACUUUUAAACCACCCAUGUGUGCUAAAGGCUGCGCAAGAAGAGCUAGACUUGCACGUUGGGAAAGAUAAAUGGGUGGAAGAAUCUGAUAUUAGGAACUUAAACUAUCUUCAAGCCAUUGUUAAGGAAACUUUACGCCUAUACCCGCCUGGUCCUGUCACAGGACUGCGUGAAGCUAUGGAAGAUUGUAAUGUUGGUGGCUAUUAUGUUCCUAAGCGCACUCGUUUGAUCAUCAAUAUAUGGAAGCUGCAACGAGACCCACGUGUGUGGUCGAACCCAUCUGAAUUCAAACCGGAGAGGUUUAUGACAACACAUGCAAAUGUUGAUGUUAGGGGUCAAAAUUUUGAGUAUAUUCCAUUUAGUUCUGGUAGAAGGUCGUGCCCUGCAAUCACAUUCGGCAUGCAAGUUGUUCAUUUGGCACUGGCUCGUUUGCUUCAAGGAUUUGAUAUCAUGACUGUGGGUGGUGCAAAGGUGGAUAUGCGUGAAGGAUCAGGACUUGACUUACCAAAGGUAGCUCCACUAAAUGUUAUUCUCAAGCCUCGUCUUCCUAUGGAGCUCUACUAAUGCCUUUGAAGCUACUUCUUUGUGAAGGUUACUUAAUAUUGUGAAAUAUACAUGUCUUAGUUGAAGUGUUAAAUAAAGAUUUGGCUAUAUCUUUAUCCUUAUCUAAACAUAUAUAUCCCUGUUGUUUAGGUUGC